UGAUAACUCGGCUGUGACGUCAUUCCGAGUUCCGACUCCCGAGGUAAACGGAAAGCAGCAUGAGAGACGGAUGCAGAGCAGCCUGUUGAGCGGAGAGACGCCGCUGUCACAUGCUGAUAACCCACGGGCUGCACAGUCGAGAGGCCGACGCCACUGGUGAUAUGGGUUUCCCAUAACAUGCUAUGAAACAGUAGGUAGUUUGACGAGAUGGUCAAAGUCAGCGGGACGAGCUGGUAGAAACACGUGCAGCCGGUGCGACUAUUACUGAAUACGGCAGAUCAAGUGAAGUAAGGACAGAAAUAUACAAAGCUGAGACCUGUGGAAGAAAACCAAGUGUGCCGGAGCGACAGAAACACGAGUACCACAACACCAUGGUUACUACAAAGGGAGCUGGGCUUAACCCCAAUGCCAAAGUGUGGCAGGAAAUCCCUGCCCAACAGAAUGAGAUCCAAGAGGGAACAGAUGAUUCUCCAUGGCUGCAGAACAACCCUUCCUCUGCUGAGAUGCCUGGAACCACGAUGGACCAGUCUGACGUGGGAUAUUUAGCCUUUGAUCCACAAGGUGAACCUGCCACAGAUUUGGAAGUCUCUAAGCUCCAACCAGUGUCGGAAGAUAGUCUGCGUGAGUCUCUGAAGAAACGGCUGGAAUUCUGCUUGUCUAGAGAGAACUUGUCCCAGGACCUGUACCUGAUAUCCCAGAUGGACAGUGAUCAGUUUGUUCCCAUCUCAACCAUUGCUUCCCUGGAGGACAUCAAAGCUCUUACCGAUGAUAUCAACUUAAUUCUGGACAUACUGAGAGCUUAUCCUUUGGUACAAGUUGAUGAAGCUGGGGAGAAGGUCCGCCCUAACCACAGUCGCUGUAUCAUUAUUCUGAGAGAAGUGCCAGACACUACCCCAGUUGAGGAAGUGGAAGCUCUUUUUAAGAGUGACAACUGUCCAAAAGUGUUGCGUGCUGAGUUUGCUCACAACAGCAACUGGUACAUCACAUUUCAGUCGGAUAUGGAUGCGCUACAGGCAUACAGAUACCUCAGAGAGGAGGUGAAAAUGUUCCAGGGGAAACCAAUUAUGGCCCGCAUUAAGGCCAUCAACACGUUCUUUGCAAAGAAUGGCUUUUGCGCCAUCGAUUCAGGAGCGUACCAGCAACAUACACAACCACAGACCCAGUGUGACUCUUCAGUCUACAUGCCUCAAGUUUACGGCCCUCAGCAGCAGUACCCUGUGUAUCCUGUGGUGUCCCCUUCCUGGAGCCCCGCCCUCGUGCCUCGCUUUGAAAUGCCAGUGGCACCUUUCCCAAGCGAUGGAUUUAUAAAUGGUUACAGCAGCCCAGGGAACUACAAGACAAACUCAAGUUUUAUCAAAGGACAUUGUCCCACAAGUAGAAACAGAAACCAAGUCAAAGGUCACCCUCGACCUGGAGAUGUCUACCCAUCUUCUUCGGCUCCAGAGACUGGGAUGGAUGUCACAUUUAGUCCUUUGAGUCCACAGGACAUUAAAUUGGGGAAGCCAUCUUUCACCACACAGAACUGGGCCUCUGUGUCCCCCCUCAAUCUGAAGGACAUUUCACUGGCCGCCAUACCCAGUGGAGAUCUGAGCCGGGCUGGGCGGGACAGAAGAAGCAUCCCCAGAGGUGUCAGAAGGAAAAAAGAAGUUGAGAAUACGACGAAAACUGUCCAUGUGACAGAGGUUAAGGCGCCUCCUCCAGAGUUUGACUUGGCAGCUUCUAGUUUUCCUCCGUUGCCAGGAGCAGUGGCCACUGCCCAGGGAGAAACUGUGACAGAAAUACGCCUUUCUGAUGUUGUACGUGGACUUAAGGUUACGACUAAGGCUCCAGUCCAAGAUGUUUCCUUGACCAAAAUGGCAAAGGACACUAAAGAAAGUACCGUAAGCAGACUUGAUGCUGAGACACCAGCUACUAAACCUGCCCCUGUUGUGCAACAGACUGCAGUACUACCAAGCUCAAGUGCUUCUCCUCCUGUAACAGAAGAGGAAAAAGCCGAGUCUUCAACGCCAAAGGGAGACCUCGCCUCGAACACGCCCGCCCCGACUCCGGCAGCUGCCGAACAUGUCCCUCCAACCUGCAGUCAAGCUGUUUCCACAGAAACGAUUUCCCCAUCUCUCCCUACUCAAGCAUCUGAGAAGGGGCUCAAAAAGCUCAGCUAUGCAGAGGUGUGCCAAAGACGUGCCAAAGACCCACUACCAGCACAGACGCCUUCUCCCUCCCCUCCCGUCUCUUCAGCCGGUCAGCCGCUGCAAGAGCUUGAGGUCAACAUGGUGGAAGAUCCUCGGCUGAAGUCCAGGCAAACUUCGGAGAAACCCAGGGAGAAAGGGCCUCCUCGGCAGUCGUCACGGACCUUUAGAGAGGCACCUGGCCGAGUCAGAGGUUCAGGCAUGAAGACGCGGGAGCAUCAGAGGGGGGCUAAUACUGGCAAAUGGUUUUCCCCGCAGCGAGGACCCAGGCACAGUGGCAAAGAACAGAACAUUCCUCCAACUUCACCAAAAUAACUAAAAAGAAAAUGUGUAUGAAAACUUUAGACGGGUGUUAAAGCAGGAGUAAGUAUAUAUAAUCUGUAAGUAGACAAAUGGAUGGACUGUCAAUCUCCUGAUAUUGUUACAGACCUGACACUGAUCAGGAAGAGUAAAUAAUCUCUAGAUGUAUUUAGAAACAUUUCAUACUUUCACUGAUACUUUAAAUUGAGUAUUGCUGAUUUGAUUAUGAGAUGGUUAUUUAGCGGGUCGAGUCCCUGGCCAGAUUGAUGUGUAGCCCUGUCACACGUCGAAGUGUCCUUGAGCAGGACACUGACCCCUGCGUUGCCCCGUACGGGAUAAACUCCCAGUAUAGAGUGUAAAGUUGAAGCACUGCUCUGUGUAUAUAAAGUGAAUGUAGUGUGAGUGUUUGUGUGGAUGGGUAAACGAGAAACCCAUCGUAAAAUGCUUUGUUGAACCUAGAGAAGGUUAAAAAGGUGCUAUACAAUUUUAAGACCAUUUAACAUAUUGAUCAGCUAUAAAAAUCAUGAUCACCUGCCUAAAAUUAAGUUGGUCGUCCUCAUGCCAAAAGAUUUCUGAUGGUGACAUUUUUCUCAACUGAUGAAAUCACAUUAUUGAACUGAAAAGGCUUCAUAAAACCAAAAACCAUUGGUCUGGUUUCUUAAUAUGGAGAAGCCCAGGAGCUACUGAGGGGUUCAAUGUCUAGUUGUGAUCUAGGUCAGAGACGCCGGUGUUCUGUGCAACAUACAGGGGCUCUGGAUAUCAUAUAUUGCACCCUCCUUUUUUUUUUUUUUUUUUUUUUUUUUUUUUUUUGAGCGGUUUUGAAAUUGGAUGAACAAAUAGAUGAUAUAACUGUAUGUUUAUGUACCUACAUGUGUUUUUGCUGCCUCAUUGUGAGCUUCUUUUUUUUGUAUAAGCACUGACCUUGUUUGGGCCAGUAGUUCUUGUCCCAGUGAGGCAGAAUGUGAUUUGUGGGACUGCGGUUCAGGUUUUAAGCUAAAGUGUGAAUUUAGAUUAGGGUUAGGAUUAUAUGGUAAUGGUUAGGGUUGAGGUUUGGUUUCAGCUAGGUUGUACAAAAUAAAUGGAGGUUUAUGCAGGAAGGUCCUAAGAAAAGUGGCUGUGUUUGUGUCCGUCUGUCUUCUAAAGAGUCGGCGGAGAAAAGUGGGAUUCUGUUUCUAUUUAAUGAUGUAUAAUCUUAACAACAGUUGAACAGUGUCAAAGAGGCACAUUAUUUUUCUCAGUCAUGUGUAUACUUCUACAUUUCUUUUAAUGUUGGAAUGUAUGAUUUAUAAAUCUGAGCAUGACAUGGAACAUUUUAAAUCUGUGGCAGAAUAAUUGGAGUGGUGCAGCAAUGCCCUUUAAAAAAAAAAAAAGAUUGGAAAGUAAAUAUUGAAAGGAGACUUUGGUUGCAUGAUUGUGAAACUUGGCUGUACAAAUUCUGCAGAUAACACUGGAAAAAUUCUGCAUUAAUGUAGUCCUUAUUUUACAUUUUUCUUUAUUUGCAGUAGUUUGCUUAGUGAAGCGAAUGUUUGAUCAGUAGUGUUACCAUUUGAAAGAAAUCCUGUAAGCACUGCAACAGUAGUGCUUGAAGGUUUGUGUCCUCAAAAGUUUAUUCCAUACCAAGCAAUCUAUUUCUUUGCAAUUGGCCUCUAAGAAAUAGACUUUUCUUUUUUUGAUCAUUCAUGUUUACCAGACAUGGCCUGUUUGCUCCAGGUCUGUCCUCAGCAUUUAUUGGAGCAAGGUGACAUCUUUGGCUUGGCCAUUCCAGAUGAUUAACUUGAUUAUUUUGCUGUUGUUUGGUGUUAACAACUUGAGUACUUUGUUGUGUUGCAAUUCUUUCCAACAUUUUCUCAAAAUGUCCUUUUUUUUUUUUUUAAUGUAUUGUUUCCAUCAAAGAUUUUGAGUUGCUGUGGCUUAGAUUCACCGGAUUGGAUAAUGAUUAAAUCCUGUUAAAGUUUCUUUUACCCCGCAUUUUAUAGCUUACACCAGAAAGUUGUGUGUUUUCCAUGUGAUCUUCAUCGUACUGCAGAGGCAGUAGUGUUUUUUUGUUUUCUUUUUAAGAGUGCAUUGUUGUUUUGCUCUUGCAAUCUUGUACUUGUGAAAAUUAGACCAUAUGGAGUCAGAAAUCACUUGUUUGGGUCAUACAUCUUCAUAAACAUGUUGAAGAUCAGACUAAUUGCUGUUAAAUAAAUACAAUUGGAAAUCUCA